AUGGGCCGGAGGGCUGCCGAAACGACCAAUCCGGUGCCGGCACUGGGGGUUCCCCUCACAGGGCGGCGGGUUGUUCUUGAGCAGAAAUGGGGGCCACUCUGCAGCGUGGGAGUGCAGACAUCACCAGGACUGUGCUCGCUGCCCUCCCUGAAGAGGCUGGGUCGACAGAUAGGCACUGCCCACGGGGUUCCCGCAUCCACAGAGACCAUGUCCCUGGACAGAGUGAAGCCCGUCACCCAGCAGGCCUUGCAAAGCCUAUAUCGGGAUGACGCAACACAAGACAGUGGCAUCUACAGCCGGAUCAGGUCUGUCAGAACUAACCCCAAUCCAGCAGAAGGCAGAACGAAUUCCAAACGGACGCCACGAUAUACCAAUGGCAGCGUCGUUUCUCCAGAGCUGGUGGGAGGGGUCUCCUGGGAGGGGGCAGAGGCGAGAGAGGCAGACGGCCAAUGUCAGGCCCCGGCGAAGGGUCAGAGGCGGGGUCAGUCACUCAGAAGUGAGAGGGCUCACCCCUCAAUGCAGUGCGAGAGCGUAAUUUCGUACACCAUGCCUACACGGCCCUGUCGGGCAACGACGUCGCCCCGCCAGUGCGGCACCUGUGGACGAAAACCACCACAAGCCCUGCCCUCCAUGGCACCUCAAUGCCAUAAACAAUCGACCAAUCAGAUUCAGACGAGCAUGACCCUUCCGGCUCAGCUGAGGAAAGACCCGCCCAGACUGCAGAAUCAACCUUUGCUCGACGCGUCCGCGAUGAACACUCCCAACAUCUCAGUCUCAGCUGCACACGCUCAGAAAACACACGAGAGCAAGUCAAAGCAGAGAGACAUAACCACACCAGAAACAAAGACACCAACAGCUGAAGGAACCAGGCAACCCAUAAACAACAAACCCUGUACAAAUAACACACCUAUACACACAUCUAAAAACGACAGUAAACCAAAGUCAUCCCAGCACCCACAAACACACAACACGCAGACGUCGAUAAGAAAAACGGAACCAAGGGCAACUUAUCAAAAGAGACACACCCCACAGGAGUGUACAGAGUGUACAGGGCAGUGUGUGAACAAUCAAUUCCAUGCAACUCCAGCAAGCAAACCUUCAGGAGGGCAUGACACCCCCAAACCGCCUCCCCCUGUGCUUUCUAUUGGCACAGAAUCAGAAGCCACACCUAACCUUUCAUGUGAAAUCCCCUCCCACUCAGAAGUUACAGAAGCAACAUCACGACCAGUAUCGCCCAGAACUCAACCGUCUGAACGAGAACCUAAAAACAAGGACCUGGAGGAACCAGAAACCAAACCGCACCUUGAGGACCUCCACCUACUGCGAAAUGAUACGCCAGACAUCCCACAAUGCAAUGGGGUUCCAGCAGCACUACAUGGACUGCUCCAAGACAUAGAGGAGAACCUUCUGUCCAAUCAACAGAAGAUCAAAGUUCUACUGAAUGUCAUUCAGGACCUAGAGAAGAGCAAGGCUUUGAGUGAGGGACGUUGCUCUUACAGAACUGGGCAGGACAUCAACAACUGCACGACAUGUCAGAAAACCGCCUGCACCAUCUACAGUGUUGAGCAUGACUUUCGGCUGCAAGAGAUGCGCCUCCAGAAUGUGCUCGAGGCGUUGGACAUGGAGUGUGACGCUCCCGCCCCCAAACCCACCGCUUCCCGACUCCGGACCAGGAAUCGAGUCAAGAAACUACACAAGAAGUGCUUCUGGUGGCUGUAACCAACACCAAGACGAUAGUUGCUAGGGACAUCACUCGUCCAGCCAGGAACUAUGCAUUCCAAAUACAGAUUUCCUGUUGGUUGCCAAGGAACUGUCAUAUCAUGGUUUCUUCUUGUCAGAAAUAUUUUAACCACACCAGCAAUAUCAUUACAGAUAUGUGACAUGUGCCCAUAAAACAUGAUCAUGAAAGUAAACACGCUUGUGGACAUUAAACUCCCUGCCAAGAACGAUCUUUCAGAUCUCGUGAACAAUGCAGCUCUCACUUCAGGAGUGGUGGAGAUGCUCUCCUCACCUUCUUCUCUUCUCAAAGGAGUUAAUUUUUUUGUGUCAUUUUCCCCAUUUUAUGUUCAUUCAAAGGAAGUAGCAAAAGUCCAAGCACAGGACAGGAAACCUCAGGAGACUUCUUAAGCCUUGGGGACCGCACGGUUAAAGACUCUCCGUCCCAAGGAACUAAUAGAGACUCUCCGUCCCAAGGAAUGACAUUUCAUCCCUGACUGAAGUUUAAAUGCAGAUAUCUGAAAUUCCUUCCAACUAGUCUGCAGUUAACCCAGCCUAAACUCAAUUCUCGGUUUCCCAUCCAUUUACUGAAAGAACAGCGUUAGAAUGGAUUGACAAGGAACAGCGUUAAUUGGCCUGCUUGCAGCUUGUACCCAGGGAACGGGAGUGAUGCAGAAAUUGCACUGUCAGGCACAGAAGAACUGGAUAUUAAGCAAGAGUGUGUUUAAGUGCAUAGUUUUGUUGCUUCACUCGCACACUCCACUGUCUGUGUUGCUCUCCACAGCAAAACUGUUUGGGGACUAAUGCAAUGUGGAAGCACUUAUGGUAAUUGGGCAGCACACUGACAGACAGAUGAAAGACUGGACUCAUAUAUGAACCUGUAUUGUCACAGACCCAUUAGAGUUUCCAGCAUGACUUCAUUAGUGGAAUGGAUGCGCAAGCGUGUUCUCUCCUUGUCUC